AUGGACAUUAGUAAAUGUGUUAUAGUAGUCAUUUUCGCUAAGAUCGGUGAUGCAAACACAGAAGUACAGAAGUAUAUCAACCAGUUGCCAAACAUUAAAGCCUACCGAUCACCGGAAGACAUUCACAAUUUCAAUGCGAUCUUGACCUUGAGCAAGUUGUUCCCUUCGAACAAAUCCUUCUUCCAUUAUAAAGGAAGUGGUACAAUUACACCCUGCCUGGAGCCUGUUGACGUUAGAGUUUACAAGCACCCAAUCACCGUUUCCCAAGCUCAGAUUGACAAAUUCAAAGAAUUGAAAUAUGCAAACGGAAAUCUGAUGUUGACAAACCGCAGAGAACUCCAGGACCUGAGAGGCCGAGAGGUGAAAUACGUCGAACUCUAA